AUGGCAUGGUAUGAUGAUUUUCUCAAAUGGAAUCCAACAGACUACGGAGGACUGGGUCGCCUUUUAUUGAUUCUGGAGGCAACUUGUGACGUAGACAUCACAUAUUUCCCGUUCGACACACAGGAAUGUCCUCUCAAGUUUUCCGCUUGGAGCUAUACUAUCGAUGAAGUAAUAAUGAUUGAAGGAGAGAAAGGCAUCAUUACGGAAGAGUUUGAAGAAAAUUCAAGAUGGUCGCUGGUCAACACAACAGUUGAUGAAGUCAAAGGUGUUGAUGCCAUGGUUAUUUUCAAGAAGAAGCUGAAGCGAAAGUCAAUAUUUUACGUGUUCAAUAUACUCAUCCCCAUGGUUCUACUUUCGUUUUUAAACGUCCUCACAUUUGUACUUCCGGUAUCGUCUGGCGAGCGCGCUUCCUACGCUGUCACAGUGUUCCUGUCUUUGGCCGUGUUUCUAACAAUAGUAGCGUCUGAGAUUCCAAAAAACUCCAACACCAUCUCCAUCGUCUCAGUUUACAUGACGGCAAUGCUAGCACUAAGCAUUGCUACUGUGAUGGCGUCACUGUUAGAAUUGCGACUUGCGUCCCGAGAUAAGGACAAGGACUCAAUCUGCUCAAGAUAUAUGGGAAUCUACCGCUUAGCUCGGAUUUGUGAAUGCAGACGUGACGGAAAGAGCCGAUCCGCAACUGAAAUUGGAUGGACAGAUGUUGUUUCUGCAUUGGACUAUUUCUUGUUUUGGUUAUUCAUUGGGCUUACCUUCGUAGCAACUGUGGUAUUGUUUGUAGUGGCGGUCAAACGAUAA